UCCGCAAUCGUUGUUGUGUUUCCCUCGCUUGCAUUGCUCCUUCCGUGAAGUAGUCGUUCUGGUUGCGUCUUACGGAACAGAUUAAAGUAUUUGACAACUUACAUUCGAAUUCUAACCCACUUUCUGGGACAUUCUCGCCUAAAAGUCUUUUCUAUCUGACCCUUAUCUUGUGGAGGUCACACUUAUUAUGACUCAGUAGGUGAGAGUAAAUGUGUAUCCUCCGUGUUCAGCGCGUUCUGUCCUACAAUAGGGUUUUGAAGAUAGGACUGAAAACUCAGGAUUAUUUGUUUCUCACAGAAGCUGCUAUCUUGGAUACGCCUCCCCGUCUUUUGGGUCCAAUAGAUCACAGCCGAGGGAGAGUGACAAACGCGUUUUUCUCAUUGGUGAAGUGGCCUCAUAGACAGUUAAAAUUAGAGCCCCAUUUUUAGCACACGUAGUGGCGCCUUGAAGGAUUUGAUCAGGUGUAUAUUCAGAGUGUGUUUUGGGGUUGGUGAUCUGUGUUCGGCUCUACUGUAGCUCUUAUUCUCAAGGGUCGAAAUCAUUGUGAAGCAUAUUAGUUCGGAAUUGGUUUUGUGCAGAUUGAGGUUUGAGUGUUACGGGAAGGUGUGUAGAGUUCGUAAUCUCUGCUGUAGCUAUGGCAGCAUGGGACCUGCAAAGAUGCAGAAUGUGCUGCAGUUGUGGAUCUUUAGCAUCGACACCAGGUUAUAACACAUUUGAAGUCUCGUACGCAUCGGGACAGAGCAUUCGGCCUGCUGGAGGAUUGCUGAAGCUCACUUUGAGGAAGCGUUAUGUUUGGAAGCAGCUAAGAACACGGGCAAUUACAAGGUCAUUGUACUCACCGCUAGUGGAAAGCUUCGAGAGUGCAAAACGUAAGUCUUCUAAUGUCCUGAAUUCUGGAGAAAAAGUGAGCGAAUCUGGAUCAUUAAGUGAUUCCUCACCACGAUUGGGUUCGCCUCAACAUCAGGAACAACCUGAGUCGAGUGUUAGUGAAGCAGAAGUAGGAGAUGAUAGUAGUCAGCCCGGACCUCAAGAUCCUGUAGCUGCUGCAUACGGAGAUGGAGCCCACGCUGAGAAACUUGUCGAUAUGGAUGUAAAGAAAAGUUCAAGAGCAAGAGCAAGAGCAAGGAGCGCAAGGGCAAGGCCGCCGUCAAUGUCAUUGUCGCAAGGAUUAGCAACAGUUGGGAGGCAUGCAGUGUCCCAAACAGUAGGAGCCGUCGGAAAUCCUGUUCAUAGAGCAAAAGUGCCGGGGCCGAUAGGUCUCAUGAUGGCAUUAGCAGUUGCAGUCCUUGGACUCAAAACCGCUGUGGAGAAACAGGGAGCUCUGUCCGGAACACCACAGAAACUUUGUGAAAAGUGUGAUGGGUACGGUGUGCGACCAUGUCAUGUUUGUAAGGGCCUUGGUACCCUUACUUGGGAAGGGAAGCUUCUACAUACCGAUCCUUGCCCGCUCUGUUUCGGACGCUGUGUGAAGAAGUGCUCAAGCUGUGGAGGAGUGAAAAUAAAAAGGGGUCCACCUCCAGCUUUGUUACAGCCGCAGCUCAAUGUCGGUUCCAACUCGAAAUGAGAUUAAGUAGAUUACUGUUGCUUAUUACCUAUAUGUAGACAAAAGUUUACGUUUUAUUGUAUAUUACUGUAUACGCCGACGUACGGCAGAUUUAUAGGUUGUGCAGCACAUUGUAGGAUUUAGUUCUGGUAAAGCAGCUCCGGGUUGUGGUAUACAUUCAUGAAGAAUGUGCUUAGGACUGGAACAAAUCGGGCAGGCUGAAGUAAAGAGGAAGUUCUGCCGCCAAUGGACUGUAUGAAAUUUUGGAUCACUGAAUUAACCAUUUUCUGUGUCUUCACUCUCAUUAGGAUAAUGAGAAUAUCCAUGUAUCGAUAACGUGAAAAUGGUAUAUAGAAGUGUCUGCAGGAUAGUAGAUUAUCGAAAAGCCCGUUAACUA